AUGGCACUCCAGCUAAGCUCGCAUUGGACGCGUUACUUUCAUUCAUCCCCUCGCCGCUUCAUUGCACACACAAAACCACUGCGAGCUGUAGCUGCUCCUGCAGUUGGCUCAUACGCUCCCAAAGACGGAGAACAUGUCAUAAACUCACCAUCCGAACUCGCCCGUAGAAUCUCUGCAAAGGUCCUGCCCAAAAUACCGCGCCCUGAUGUCAAGAAAGUCGUCGUCGUAGGCAGUGGAGGCCUCAGCAUUGGCCAGGCCGGUGAAUUCGACUACUCGGGAUCACAGGCAAUGAAGGCUCUGCGAGAGGAGGGCGUCGAAGCUGUACUCAUCAACCCUAACAUCGCUACCUGGCAGACAUCUCAUCAACUAGCUUCUGAAGUUUACUUCUUGCCAAUUACCGCGGAUUAUGUAGCAUAUGUGCUGGAAAAGGAACGACCAGACGGUAUCCUCUUGACUUUUGGUGGACAGAGUGCCCUCAAUGUCGGUAUUGCACUUGACAAGAUGGGUGUUUUGGACAGGCUAGGCAUCAGAGUUUUGGGAACCCCCAUCAGGACUCUUGAAAUCUCCGAAGACCGUGAUCUUUUCGUACAGGCAUUAAAGGAAAUCGAUAUCCCUGUGGCUCAGUCGACUGCCGUUUCGUCAGUUAACGAUGCUCUGGCAGCAGCUGAAACUAUUGGUUACCCGGUCAUUCUGCGAUCUGCGUUCACAUUAGGUGGUCUUGGAUCUGGUUUUGCGAACAACCCCGACGAACUGCGCGAUCUUUCUGCAAAAAGUUUGAGUCUUAGUCCUCAAGUGCUCAUCGAACGUAGUAUGAAAGGAUGGAAAGAACUGGAAUACGAAGUCGUCCGUGAUGCUGCAGAUAACACUAUUAUCUGCUGUAACAUGGAAAACUUCGACCCUCUUGGCACUCACACCGGCGAUUCCAUCGUGGUGGCUCCCUCGCAGACCCUCCCGGACGACGAAUACCACAUGCUUCGAAGUGCAGCUCUCAAGGUCAUCAGGCAUCUAGGCGUCGUCGGAGAAUGUAACAUUCAAUACGCACUCAACCCCUUCUCGCGUGAGUAUUGCGUCAUUGAGGUGAAUGCUCGUGCCCUUGCUUCGAAGGCUACUGGUUACCCCCUCGCAUACACUGCGGCGAAAAUUGCCCUUGGUCACACCCUUCCCGAGCUCCCCAAUGCUGUCACGAAAACGACUACGGCGUGCUUCGAGCCCUCUCUUGACUACAUCGUUACUAAGAUCCCCAAAUGGGAUCUUGCGAAAUUCUCAACUCAGGUCAACCGGGAAGUCGGUUCGUCAAUGAAGAGUGUCGGUGAAGUCAUGGCUAUCGGUCGUACAUUCGAGGAGAGUUUGCAAAAGGCUAUCAGGCAAGUGGACCCUCGAUGGAAAGGAUUUGAGGCAUACGUACAGCCCGAAGAUUUGGACCACGCCCUUUCGAAUCCUACGGAUAUGCGUCUGUUUGCCAUCGCCUAUGCCAUGUACAACAAACACUAUACUGUUGACCAUCUGCAUGCUCUGACCAAAAUCGACAAGUGGUUCCUCUACAAGAUAGAGAACAUCGUGAACACACACUACGCUAUCAAAUCGUGUAGUUCAGUGGAGAACAUCGACCACGAGGUUAUGAAACAGGCCAAAUGUAUGGGAUUCUCUGACUCCCAAAUUGCCGACCUGGUUUCGUCUAAGGAAGACAAUGUCCGUGCUCACCGAAAAUCCCUUGGCAUUACUCCUUUCGUGAAGAGAAUAGAUACACUAGCCGCUGAAUACCCUGCGCAUACAAACUACCUCUACACAACCUACAAUGCUUCCGAGCAUGAUGUCGAGUUCGACGAACAUGGAACAAUGGUUUUGGGCAGUGGUGUGUACCGUAUCGGCAGUAGCGUCGAAUUUGACUGGUGUGCUGUAACGUGCGCUCGUAAAUUGCGAGACAUGGGCAGGAGGACCAUCAUGAUCAACUACAACCCGGAGACAGUGUCCACGGACUUUGACGAAGCCGACCGCUUGUACUUCGAGGAACUUGGCUAUGAACGUGUCAUGGACAUUUACGAACUGGAACAAUCUCAAGGUGUCGUCGUCAGUGUGGGAGGACAACUUCCUCAAAACAUUGCUCUGCGUCUCAAGGAGAAUGGCGUCAAGGUUCUUGGUACUGACCCCGAGAUGAUCGACACUGCUGAGGACCGACACAAAUUCUCGUCUGUGCUUGAUAGUAUUGGUGUCGAUCAACCUGAGUGGGUUGAAGUUACAACUGUCGAUGCUGCCAAAGCCUUUGCUCAGAAAGUGGGAUACCCCGUCCUUAUCCGUCCUUCCUACGUUCUCUCUGGCGCGGCCAUGAACGUGGUCUACGAAGAAUCCACCCUCGAAUACAAUCUCUCUGCAGCCGCCGACGUGUCACCUCUUCACCCAGUCGUGAUCACCAAGUUCAUCGACAAUGCACAAGAAAUCGACGUCGAUGCUGUCGCCCACGAUGGUAAACUUCUCGUCCACGCUGUCUCUGAACACGUUGAGAACGCUGGUGUGCACUCCGGUGAUGCCACCCUUGUCCUACCUCCGUUCUCCCUGACUCCGGAAGACAUGUCGCGCUUGAAGACUAUUGCAGAGAAAGUCGCGACUGCAUUCAAGAUUUCUGGACCUUACAAUAUGCAGAUCAUCAAGAAGCCUGCUGAUGGACCUAAUGAAGAAGCCCAGCUCAAGGUUAUCGAGUGCAACCUCCGCGCAUCGCGGUCGUUCCCAUUCGUAUCCAAGGUGCUUGGACAUAACUUCAUCGACACCGCCACCACCGCCAUCGUCAACCAAGACGUACCUGAGCCCGUCGAUAUCAUGGCGCAAGAGAGAGAUUACACCUCAAUCAAGGUUGCUCAGUUCUCCUGGACUCGUUUGGGAGGUGCUGAUCCCUUCUUGGGAGUCGAAAUGGCAUCGACUGGAGAAGUCGCAAGUUUCGGCAAGGACAUCCACGAGGCAUACUGGGCUUCUUUGCUCAGUACCACCGGUUUCAAGGUUCCAGCUGAAGGUUCAGGUGUCCUUAUCGGAGGAGACAUUUCCAAGCCAGAGAUGGCAACUGUCGCAAAAGGAAUGCAAGAUCUAGGCUUCAAACUCUACUGCUCUUCACCGGUUGUUGAGGACUUUUUGAACAACAUUCCUUACGUAUCAGCAAAACGUAUCAUAUUCCCAACCAAGGACAAGCGAAAGCUUAAAAUUGUAUUUGACGAACACAACAUCCAGUGUGUCGUUAACUUGGCAAAGUCGCGAGGCACAAGUGCGACUGAUGAGGAUUACGUCGCGAGACGAAAUGCGGUCGACUUUGGCUUGCCAUUACUGAAUAACGCGCGUAAUGCCCAGCUUUUUAUGGAGAGUCUAGCCAAAAAGAUACCCACAGGUGGGUUGAAGAGUUACACCGAAGGACAUAUACCAUCAGAAGUUCGGUCAUGGCGGGAAUUCGUCGGUGUACGGGCAUGAUCCCUGGUGCACGAUGUAUAAUAUGAAGGGGAAUAGUAAAAGGAGAGUCAAUCUUCAUGUACAUCUACACUUAGACACUAUUUACUACAAUGGCAUGAGCUGGAAACAGCCUGUUCAUCAUAUGUGACUACUUAAGGAAGUAGAUCUUGGGGCGAGCAUAAGGUGGCGACGUCCAGUUCUUGCGCGAUUAUGCGCAUGCUUCUUGAUAAGUCAAUGUAAUCAUGAUGACGCUCCAAUGAGAAUCUAUCAACCGUUGCUCGGUCACUUGUACCUUGAAUAAUAUCCGCCACAAGGCGCCCAAUGACCGGAAGGAACUUGUAAGCGUGGCCACUUCCAGCAGUAGCUAGAACCAACGAAGGAUCACCCUGAUAAUGGCCAAUCACCCAAUCUCCGUCAGGUGAAUCGGUGUACCAGCACAUGCGAGUUUGAAUAAACGGUUUGUUGGCGAGCUCAGGGUAUAUAUGGCUCAGAUGACCCCGCAGUUCAAUGGCGACUGUUCUAGGUAUGCGGAGACCUUCAUCGGCGUGCGAGAGUAUGGUUCGUGGAGUAGAGAUCAGCCUUUGAGCGGUGGGGUGAGGAGCCAUGUGCGUAUGGCCUGCGG